UAGACACUAUACAAUCUUUAUUAAACAAAUGGGCCAGAGGUGAUUCUAAAUCCCUCCCCUCUUCCGCUAUCAUUCAACUUCCAAAAAACAAAGGUGGCUGGAAUCUUCCUAACGUCAAGUCUGCCGUCAAAGCUCGGUCAGCCAUGACAACCGCCAAACUUUUUCAUGUCAAAGAAAACUGGGCCAAACACCAACUUUCCAUGAUCAGCUCUUUCCAAAGCAACUUCACCAAAAUCUGUCUUCAAUACAAAAAGAAAGACUGGCCAACAGCCUACCGACCCUUUGUAAAAAAUUGGUUUCUGGCGGGUAGACCGAAUUACUUUGCUUCCUCUACCUCCCUCAUCACCACCAAGUUAAAAAAAGAAAUAUAUCUCAAGAAAGUGUGGCCGGAAGUAAAAAAUGUGCUAUGGAAAAACCUGGGCAUAAUUAACCUUCCUCCACAGACUCACGUGAACGCGUGGAGAUGGCAUCGUAGUGCACUACCCCUGAAGGAACGGGUCUCUUGGUCUUCCUCCAUCGACUCUAUCUUCUGUCGCUGGUGCCCUACGUCUCCUCAAACGCACCAACACUUUCUUCAAGAAUGCUCAUUCACCAAGAUGAUUACACAAGAAAUCGUACGUCAUCUCGACGGACGCGUCACCUUUAUCCAUAUCCUAAAUCAACAUCCUAAUGACUUCUCUCUCGCUACUCUCUGGCUCUCCUCCUGGCUUAUCGAUUAUGUUUGGCGGGCUUCUGCUAGACUCAACCUCAGUAUCGAAGAGUCCGAAACUCAAAUCAUAAAAGCAGCUCCGCACAUUCUCCUCAGAGAUGCGAAAAUUCACCUAGAUAGUUCCCAAAACAAUAAAUUUACCAAACAAAUAGACCUACUAUGUAAAUCACUUAUUCCUUAA